AUGGGUAAAAAGAGUUUACUUCUGACCUAUAUUCUCUGGCUGUUUGUUGGAUGGCUGGGGCUACAUCACUUUUAUCUCGGACGAGACUUACAUGCUUUUAUUUGGUGGUCGACGUUUGGGGGAAUGUUUGGCUUGGGUUGGUUUCGUGAUCUUUGGAGAGUGCCCGAUUAUGUAGACGAUGCGAACGAGGAAGCUUCGUAUAUUGACAAUUUUAAACAAAAAGUGAAACGAGGCACACCACAAUUCAAUAUAAGUCGCUUUGUAGGACAAAUGUUAGUAGGGUACUUCUACGGAUUUCUUAUCCGAAUUGCAAUCCCAGAGCAUUAUCCAAUAUGGACAACUGGAUUAGUGGUUCCUUUUGGCGUUGCAGUCGGCGUUUACCUUGUAGGCAAUGUCGGACGAGAGACAGGGGAUUUUAAAACUCCGCUGUUCGUAUGUUAUGCUUCGAACGUUGUUAUGGCUUGGUUAAUACAACAAGAACCGGGUAUUAUGUACAUUGCACUUUUCGGCGCGAUGACUUUUCAAAAUUAUCGAAAAUUCCGCAUCGAAAGGCCGGCAAAACGUGGCAUUUGCAAGAGAUUUUUUAUGAUCUGCCUUGGCGGAUGCAUGGUCACUGGGUUAUGGGUUUCAUUCCUGUAUCACAACGCUUCGGUUGUCACAGAGGACGGGGAAACGAUCAAACUGCGCGAUGCCGUCAAUCAUUUCUUCAACUCGCCUCUGUGGAAGGAAUUCAAGGAUGUAUUAUGGCAGUUAUACAGAGAAGGACAGAAACAAGGCUGGGAAAAUAUGUACGAUGAUUUCGUUAAAGCUUUUGACCCGACGGGUGAACAGAACGCGCUAAAAGUUCUAAAUUUGACUCAAAGUGCUACUCAAGAGGAAAUCAAGAAGCGCUAUAAAAAGUUAGCGCGCGAGUGGCAUCCUGAUAAAUACCGCGGCGACAAAGAAACUGCUCAAAGCCGCUUUAUGGAGAUACAAGAGGCCUACGAAAUCUUGUCCACGAUUAAGGCGAAGCGAGCAUCGAAAAAUCAAAAGAAACGCGACGAUUAUAACAAAAAGUUCAACCAGAGGUAG